AUGAAAGGGAAGGGAGGUAUUGGAGCAGUCACCAUGGUGGUGCUGGUGAUGAUCAUACUAUUCACUGGGCAUGCCACAGCGGAGUUCAAAACUUGCUUUGCAGCUUGUAUUAUUCGAUGUGCUAUAAUUAGUGACAGAUUGCCGUGCGCCGUUAAAUGCUUGGCAAGUUGUAUUACUCACAAAACUUCAGAUGAACUCUACUACUGUGGCCUUGGCUGCUCGGUAGACCAGUGUGCCAAGUUUGGUGAUGAAGUUGAUAAAGUGGGGAGCUGUGUGGACAAUUGCGAGAACAGUACUUGCGACAGGAAGAUGAAGAACUGA